GGAGCGCCGGAGCGAGCAAGGAGGCGGUGAAGGUGCUGGAGAAGAGGGAGGACGGGACUGGGAAGGAGCCCCGGGCUGGAGGCGCUGUCAAAGUGGAGCCGCCCGACGUGGCCUUUGAGGCCACCUGGGUGAAGACGGAAAAGGAGGAUGCCCCGGCUGGCUCCCAGUAUGGGCCCGCUCUUGCCAGCACCGAUGACCGCAGGAUGCAGCAGGGCGAGGGGCUUGGGAUCCUCCCUGAAGAUCGGAAGGGCCGGCGGAAGAUCCCGUUUCUGCUUCAGCCCUUACCUCCCGGCACCUGCAUACAGGUCCAUGGCCCUCUGCCACCAGAGCUGAUCCAUGUGACUCAAGUGCCAGUGAAACAAGUGCCGCUUACAGCGCAGUCUGUACCAGAGCCUUCAGUAAAGAUUGAAACUAAAAACGUGCCCUUCACCAUACCGCCCUCUGACUCAGGUAUGCCAGAUACUCCAUUUAGCAAGGACAAAAGUGGCCACGUGAAGCGCCCGAUGAACGCGUUCAUGGUGUGGGCUAGGAUUCAUCGCCCUGCCCUUGCAAAAGCUAACCCAAACGCCAGUAAUUCAGACAUCAGUGUUCAGCUUGGGCUGGAGUGGAGCAAGCUGACUGAAGAGCAGAAGCAACCCUAUUUUGCUGAAGCUCAGAAAAUAAAACUAAAGCACAGAGAGGAAUUUCCUGGUUGGGUUUAUCAACCCCAAGGCAAAAGGAAGCGUUUUCCACUGCCUGGCUCUGGUGCAUUUUCCAGCACUUCUCAGAGCACCACCACUACGAAUCCAGAUGGCAUUUGUCCCUUCAAGUCACCUGCUCACUCUGUUGUCAUCUCCAGUCCUAAGAACAGUAUUGGACGUCCAGUCUGUGGGUCUCCUUCUGCCAUCCGUCUGCCAGCUUCUCCCAUUCAACAUGCUGGUCCAGUUACUGUUUUCCAGACUACCAGCACAAGCACCACAUCAGUGACUGUUCCAGCUCCAACCCUGCCCCUGCGCCCUGUAAUUUCACCACAGUGCUUUGCUGAACCUGCUCAGACAGAAGCUCAUGAUGUAUCAUCUGGGCCAAAUUUAUCUCUGAGGAGAUCUACACCGGUUUUUGUUGAGAGAUUCAGCAGAAACCCAAGUAACAUAACCACCACUGAUGGCAGAUUUUCUGUCUGUAAUAGUGAGCCCCAGGAGUACCCAGGGUUCCCUGUUCUUCCUAGAGGUGUACUUCUUCCCCAAGCUACACCUUUUCUUCACCCACCUCUCUAUGGAUCUCCUCCCAUUGGACAGCCAGCCAGUCUGUUUGCAAUACCUCCUCACUUUUCAUUGCACCACCCUUACUUUGUACCUGGACUUCACUAUUUCCCUUCAAGCAUGUGCCCAUUCAGCCGAUCUCUGUUUGGCUGUGGGAAUUUCACCAGCUCAGUGCCUGAAUACUUUGGCUUUUAUGAAGACAGAUACCAAAGACAGGAGGUGAUGGUUUCACCUCUGGACAGAGGCUGUCCUUUCAAGGAACACCCAGAAGAAAGACGAAGUGAGCAGCAGCGCAGUGGGGAGAGCCCCGAAGGAGUGCCCUGCCACAGCGGCUGCAGCGAGGGGCAAUAUGUAAGCCCCCUGCCACAGCUGGAUGUUCAAGUGUUGGAGGAGUUUUUAGCAGUUGCCUCACCUCCCUCCACCAUCCACAUAGUCAAUGUUACUGACAGUGAUGAGGAUGAAGAAGUAAAGUUGUUGCAAGAAUUGUAA